AUGUGGCCAUCUUUGGGCCGGAUGGCGUCCAGUGCGACGGCGAUUCUCCUUCUGGCAGCUGUACUUUGGGCGCCUACUGACGCAGCGACAGAGGAACCUUCCACAACUGUGGUAGUGCCGGAAUUCUCGUUGGAGGAUGGCUUCACCUACAUCGCGGUCCCGGUCCUCGCCGUCCUCGCCGUCCUUUGCGGGGCAUUCACCGCGCUUUGCGUAUUCAAACGACAGGACCGGGCCAUCGACGUGGAGCUGGCGCGGAAGGCCGACCGGGAGACAAUGGCGGCCUAUCACUUAAAAUGGGAGGUGGAGGAUCGGGUGCGCGAGAUGCGGCGGGCAGAAGAAGCUGAGAAGCGGAAACAAGAAGACGAGAAGCGAAAACAGGAAAGGGACAAACGAAAGGCCGACACGGAGAAGCCGACAAAAGAGGAGGACAAGCUGAAGAAGGAAAAGGACGUGGUUAUUCCACCGCCGAAAGCACCCGAGCCGAGGAGGCCGCCCAGGCCCAGGGCGAUUGGACGACCAUUUCCGGUUGGGAAAAUCGACUACGAGGACCGGCUCAGGGCAUUGGUGGCGAAACAAUUGGCAAAGGUACCCCUGGCGAAGACGCAGAGCUACAAGGAAAACGAUCUGUCGGGUCAGAAUAAGGCGUCGACCGAAAAACCAGCUUCGGGUCAAAAGCCGCCUUCGGGCAAGGCUGGUGCCAAGAAGUCCGGAAAGGGUUCCGGCAAGAAGUCGAACCAGGGCAAAGGCUCGGGCCGUGUCGGGAGGACCCAGUCGAUCAGCAAGGAAAUCUCGGUCACGCCACCCUCCAGCGACUCGCUCAAGGUGCCGGUGACGAUCACGCAGAAGAGAGCGAACGUGAUCGCCGUGCCGCUCGACCUGAUCCGCAGCAUCGAGGAGAAGGAGAAGGAGGAUGAGAAGCGCGAGGAGAAGGAGGACCUCGGAGCGACGCAAAUCGAAAACACAAGCAAGACGCCCUCCAGGAAGAAACCCGCCACCUCAAAGCGCCCU